AUGGAUCAAGUAAAAAUUACUGGCGGGGAGAUGGUUUUGGCAGAGAAUGCUAGAAUGCAAAUAAAAAUUUACGAAUUGCAGCAACAGAUUCGUGCUUUAAAUACUGACAGAGAUGAAUUGGUUCAAGAAAACACAUGUUUAAGAAAUAGAAACGAUCAAUUUGAAACUGAUAAUAAUCAGACUCGUGCAGCAAAUGAGAAUCUGACGCGAUUAAACAACGCGUUGAAAAUUGUUUUGAGAGAUGCUGAAGACGAAAGAGACCAUUAUCGCGCUGCUAAUAUCAAAGAGUUUGAGGAUUUUAUCUCAAAUUAUAUCUUUGGGUUGUUCAAUAAUAUUGGUGAAUUGCUUAGAGUUGAUAAUCGAUAUAUGACAAAUAUUAAAGUUUUUGUUUCCAGUUUUCAUAAUUCCUUAUGUGAAUCUCACAGAGAUGAAGAGAAUUCGUGUUAUUGA